AAAGAGACCUAGCUUUUCCUUUACAUAUUCUAGAGACUGCGAUACGCAAAGCAUAUAUAUACUUAUACCUACGCGAUUCCAUGCGAACACUUCUAACGAUUUUUUUUUUUUUUAAUCAUACAUCUCUCGAGAAUCGUGCAUUUUUUCGCAAUAGUUCAUGAGCAUAUUUUAUUUUAUUGUAAAAUCAUCUAACGCAUCUCGAAAAUUAUAUUUAAACUAUACACGAAAUGCAGUAGUCGCUUAUUCGAAAGUUGGUUUACUUUUACAGUAAAAAAUAUCGCAUGUCUAAGCUAUUUUUUUCUUUGUUCCAUGGACGCACGUUUCAGUUUUCAGUUGUUUCGGAUUUUCUCGGAGGAAUCAUGAGUUACUAUGCGGUGGCAAAAGGUCGAAAUCCUGGAAUUUACUCAACCUGGGAUGAGUGUAAGGCACAGGUCCACAAAUUCCCAGGACCAAAGUACAAAAAAUUUGGUUCAGAAAGCGAAGCAGAGAGCUUCAUAAAGGCAAACUCUGGUACAACUUCAUCUUACCCACAAACAUCAGGAUCAAUCAAAAGUUCCUCGUUUCUAACACAAAAAACUUUUGCUCUUGGUAAAAUUUGUGCUUCUCCAGCAAGCAGUACAACACUGAAACGAGUUCUGUCCACUGCCAGUGAUAGCGACAGUGACUUGGAAAAUGUGAAGCACAAACGAAUAAAACGUGAUAAUUCUACUGCACAGAACAAAGAUGGUUUUUCUAUUGAUUCAAAUGGUUAUACAGAAGUUUACACUGAUGGUGCAUGUUCAUCCAAUGGUAGGAGAAAUGCAAAGGCAGGUAUUGGAGUCUGGUUUUCUGAAAGAAAUGCUUAUAAUGUAUCCCAACCAGUAGAUGGUCGAGCAACAAAUAAUAUAGCCGAAAUACAAGCUGUCACAAUCGCUGCCAGUCAAGCACAAAAAGCUGGUAUAAAGAAACUCAAAAUAAACACAGAUUCACAGUUUCUUAUAUCAUGUAUAACACAAUGGAUGCCCAAAUGGAAAAAGUGUGGUUGGCAAACUUCUACUGGAAAGCCUGUGAUAAACAAAACAGAACUGAUAGAAAUGGAAAAAGCGCUUGCACCUCUGCAAGUAUCAUGGAACCACGUUAGAGGUCAUGUUGGCAUUCAUGGCAAUGAGAUGGCUGAUCGGCUUGCUAGAAGUGGUGCUGAACGUUAUGGUAUAACUAUCCAGCUGGUUUUGGUUUUGAAGUGCUUGAAAUUCUCUUUCUUUGCUGAGUCAGAGGAGAUAUUUGCCUAAGUAAUACGUAUAAGUCUUCUGGUGAAACUUGAAGUGACAGCAGUUCAAUCAGUACUCUGUAAAACAAUAAUGUAUAGUUCUUGUAAAAAUCUAAAUUCAUUUCAAACCAUCAGGGA